UAGUCUGGUUGGUGUUGUGGUGAGAGGUGAGGGGAGGGGCCGGCUGUGUUAAUGUAAUGACUCUGCUGUCAGUCAGUCAUCAGGAGGAGGUGAACUGGGCGUGUGAUCGUCACAUGUUUCCAGACAGGCUGCUGCAGACUGACACCUCCGCUUCCCCCAGAAACACGCUCACAGCUCAGCUAAACCUCUCUGGACCCGCAGGAGACGGACGGCCAUGGCGACCGGUGACAGCCAGGCAACGUUUGACUCAUGGCUCAACCAGGCCACAGAUCCAAACAAUGAAGAGGACAGAUGGGACUGCAUCCAGAGCUUCUACCAGCUCGUCGACCAAGAGACAGAUGGUCCACAGAUAGCCAUUCGUGUUCUUGCCCAUAAAAUCCAGUCGCCACAGGAGAAAGAGGCUCUGCAGGCUAUCACUGUUCUUGAGGCAUGUAUGAACAACUGCGGAAAGAGGUUCCACAGGGAGGCCGCCAAGUUUCGCUUCCUCAAUGAGCUCAUCAAACUCUUAACACCAAAGUACUAUGGCGCGUGGACUCCAGAGAAAGUUAAAGACCGAGUGACGGAGGUCCUCUACGGCUGGACUCUUUGGCUUAAAGAAGAACCCAAGAUUCAGGAAGCUUACAACAUGCUCAAGAAACAAGGUAUUGUGAAGAAAGAUCCCAAACUGCCAGACAAAGUUAUAAUGGCACCUCCAGCGCAAAGAACCGCAGACUCUGUUUUUGACCAGGAGGACAAGGCCACGCUAUUAGCCAGGUUACUGAAAAGUGCUCGUCCCGAAGACCUGGAAACGGCCAACAGACUCAUUAAAAGCACCAUCAAAGAGGAGCAGGAGAAGGCAGAGAAAGUGUCAAAGCGUGAAUCUACUCUGGAGGAGGUGGAGAGCAGUACCAAAGAGCUCAGAGAACUACUGGACCAGCACACGAUCACUGGAACCUCGUUACAGCCCAGUGAUGACGUGAAGGCCCUCUACGAGCGCUGUGAUCGGCUGAGACCAAGCUUGUUCCGCCUGGCCAGCGACACGAUGGACGACGACGCAGCUCUGGCACAGAUCCUGGCGGCCAACGACGAGCUAACGCUUGUAGUAAACGCCUACAAAGACCGAGUGGGGAAGAGAGAGUGUAACGGAGGAAGAGAAAGAAGUAGAAGUGAGGAAGAAAAGGAAGAUAAAAAUAAUGCUCCAACGAGUCCCAGAGAGAUUAAAAGCUACCACCUCAUCGACCUGUCAGCACUGGACUCUCCACAGACGCGCAGAAAAGCUGAUUCACCACUGUCCUUUGAAUCCUCUUCACCCAUGUUUUCCUCUCCUCUGAAAAACGCCUUCCACUCAAUGGCUGAACAGAACUUAAAUGAAAUAGAGUUAGAUAAUCUGGUCUCAAAACAGACUCAAAAGACAUCAAGGUCGUAUUAUGAAGAUCUGCUGCAGCUUAAUGGAGAUGUUCAGAUGAAGAAUGCUGAGCUGAACGGAGGGAGAGGUCUUGUGUUGAGAGCCCGUGGAUGUGGAGGGAGCAGUGAGGCUAAUGGGACAAACAUUUGGUGUCUCCCUCACAAUCAACAGUUUACUACAGAGUCAGGAUCACCGUCCAAGUUGCAGAAACAACUCAGUGAAAUGUCGGGAUCUCCAGAGAAAUUAGAGGAACGCUUGUUUACCCCACAACUCCUGAAAAAAAUCUCUGUUCCAGUGGAGACCAUCAAACCCAGUAAUCUUGCGCCGAUCACUUUUUACAAUCGGGGCGGCGUCCAUGUCACUCUCAAUUUUGCUAAAGACUCUCCGCCGGGUCAUCCAGGUGUCGCUGUGCUCGUCCUCUCCACAGUGAACACAUCAACCCUCGAUGUGAAAGACUUCCUGUUUCAAGCUGCUGUUCCAAAGACCAUGUCAGUGAAACUUCAGCCUGCCUCAGGGACACACCUGCCUCCUUACAACCCUCUCCUGCCUCCGCCUGCCACCUCCCAGGUCCUCCUAUUGGCUAAUCCUCAGAAUCAAAGGGUGCGUCUACGCUACAAGCUGACGCUGACACACGGAGACCAACAUCUGGACGAGACCGGAGCUAUUGACAACUUUCCUGACUGGACCUCUUUGAUCGGCAACUAACAAACCUCUUGGACUUGGAUUAAAAAAAACAAAAACACUCUGGAUCUGAAAUCUAGAAUCUGAGAGAGGUAAAGUGAAGAAAUCUCAACAAAAAGAUGGGAAACUUGUGACCUCACCUGCAGUUGAUCCUCAUGAGGUAAACAAGCGCACAGAGCAAACACAUAUCAAGUCUGUAUUCUCAUCAAAAUAAUCUCAGAAAGGUUUACUGUAUAUUACUCGAAAAAGGUGAGUAGACUCUAUAUCACACCUAAAAAUGUUUACGGUUCAGGUGGGUUUGGUUCAUCUCUGAUUGUACCUGGUUCAGGUUUCUUCUGCUGUUUCUGCGACUGCUGCCUCCUGCCUGUUGUUAUAGUGCAGUUUGAUCAUAUAGUUCACUGAACCAAUGUGUAUGCUGACAUGUGGCUAGUUACAUGUCUGCACAUGAAAAUGGUUAUUUGUUUAUUUUUGAGUAUUUGAUGAUAAAAAUUCCCAAAGUGCCUUAAGAUUGAAGUAAGUGUUUUUAAUAUGUUUUUUUUUUAAGAAUGUGGUUGUCUUAAGGAAUGAAUGUGUGAGUAAUAUGUCCGAAAAAGAUGUGUAUUUGUGGGUAAUUUGCUGUACUUGAUGG